UUCGUUUUCGAACUGUGAAAUCAUGUUGAAUGCUCAAGUUCGGCGUCAGCCGAACAAAAUUAGGAAGCCGUGUUCCACCGAAGAAUCCACGAAAAGCUAUCUGCGCCUUAACGAAGGGCAGAUUGAAGAGCUGGGAAGCGAAUUCAAUGCGUGGAGGGGGGCGGGGCCCCGCGGAAUCGUGAAAUCGGAGCAAAUGGUAAUGACAUUAUUGGAUUAUCUAGCAGGAGGUGGGUACUACCGGCAAGUUGGGAGAAGUGCCGGAUUGUCAACAUCAGCAGCAUUCCGGCACACCCAUCUUGUAGCCGAUUUCCUUUUCGACAUUGCACGGCACCAUAUACAGCUACCACAACAUGACGAAAUGCAACGUUUGUCGUCAGAACUUCGAUAUCCCGAUGGCGAAGUAAAGAAUGUUAUCCUCUACAUUGACGGAUACAUCGCGCGGAUCCAGCGGCCUGACCAUGCGGGAAACGCAUAUUUUUGCGGCAGGCAUGGGAAGUCUUGCGACUCUCUCAAUACCCAGUAUGUAACCGACCAAUUCGGCAAAGUUCGUCACAUCAUUACAGGUAAGUUAUGCUUUCAGUACAUCCAUGACAAAUUGUAAACUACUAAACCUAACUCAAUUAUAAGUUUUGUUAUACGUUUGUGAAGUUUCCUGUUAAUACUCAAAUUUAGGUGGAGAAUGUUAUUCAACCAUGUAUUUCUAAUCUG